AAGGCUUCCCCGAAAGGGUCCUUCGUUGCAGCGCGGCGGCUGUCUCUCUUCUUUAUUUUGAUAAUAGUGACAGAAAGCGUUUGGAUAUUUCUUUGCAUCUUUAAUAUCUAUCCUUCUUAAAAACCCGUCCUGUGGGCUAGGAUUGCAGGAUGAAUCUGGAACUGCUUGAGUCCUUUGGGCAGAAUUAUCCAGAGGAGGCCGAUGGCACCCUCGACUGUAUCAGCAUGGCCCUUACCUGCACCUUCAACCGCUGGGGGACCCUGCUGGCCGUGGGCUGCAACGACGGGAGAAUCGUCAUCUGGGAUUUCCUGACCAGAGGGAUCGCCAAAAUCAUCAGCGCUCACAUCCACCCAGUGUGCUCUCUCUGCUGGAGUCGAGACGGACACAAGCUGGUCAGUGCCUCCACAGAUAACAUUGUCUCUCUCUGGGAUGUCCUGACUGGGGACUGCGACCAGCGCUUUCGAUUCCCUUCCCCCAUUCUCAAAGUGCAGUUCCACCCCAGAGACCAGAACAAGGUGCUGGUGUGCCCAAUGAAGUCGGCGCCGGUUCUGCUGACCCUGUCCGACUCGAAGCACGUGGUCCUGCCUGUAGAUGAUGAUUCCGACCUGAACGUCGUGGCAGCUUUCGACCGGCGAGGGGAGUACAUCUACACCGGCAACGCAAAGGGCAAGAUACUGGUUUUGAAAACGGACACUCCAGACUUGGUGGCCUCGUUUAGAGUCACUACGGGAACCAGCAACACCACCGCCAUCAAAUCCAUUGAGUUUGCACGCAAGGGCAGCUGCUUCUUGAUCAACACGGCAGACCGGAUAAUCCGCGUGUACGACGGCCGGGAGAUCCUGACCUGCGGGCGGGACGGAGAACCGGAGCCCAUGCAGAAACUCCAGGACCUGGUCAACAGGACGCCGUGGAAGAAGUGCUGUUUCUCGGGGGACGGGGAGUAUAUCGUGGCCGGCUCGGCCAGGCAGCACGCUCUGUAUAUCUGGGAGAAAAGCAUUGGCAACCUGGUGAAGAUCCUCCACGGGACCCGGGGGGAGCUGCUGCUGGAUGUGACGUGGCACCCAGUGCGGCCCAUCAUUGCAUCCAUCUCUAGUGGGGUCGUGUCCAUCUGGGCUCAGAACCAAGUGGAAAACUGGAGUGCCUUUGCUCCGGACUUCAAGGAGUUGGAUGAGAACGUGGAGUACGAGGAGAGGGAGUCUGAGUUCGACAUCGAGGACGAAGACAAGAGCGAGCCCGAGCAGACAGGAGCCGAUGCUGCAGAGGAUGAGGAAGUUGACGUGACCUCCGUUGAUCCCAUAGUGGCCUUCUGCAGCAGUGAUGAAGAGCUGGAGGAUUUCAAAGCCCUGCUGUACCUGCCCAUCGCCCCAGAGGUGGAGGACCCAGAGGAGAACCCCUUCGGCCCGCCCCCCGACGCUGCCGGCCAGACCGCUCCCCCCGACGAGCCCCCCCCCAGCACGGGGGUCAGCGACAAGAAGCAACGACAGCCCUCCUCGGAGGGGGGGCCCCCCAAGAAGAAGCCACGCACCACCACCAUCGAGCUGCAGGGCGUCCCUAGCGACGAAGUGCACCCCUUGCUGGGCGUGAAGGGGGACGGCAAGUCCAAGAAGAAGCAGGCGGGCCGGCCGAAGGGCUCGAAAGGUAAAGAGAAAGAUUCUCCCUUUAAAGCCAAACUCUACAAGGGGGACAGAGGUUUGCCUUUGGAAGGAGGAGGAGCGAAGGGCAAAGUGCAGGCAGAUAUGGGACAGCCCACGACAGGGAUCUUGGCAGCGCCGCCUCCGUACAAACAUCACGAGACACAGUGCUUGGAAUGACUUCCACAGCGAGAGAGAACCAGCCCGAGUCCUGGAUUGAAGCAUAAAUAAAGGAGCGCUCCUGGGACUGGGAUCGUGGAGCAGGGUUUCUACGUCUAGGAUCGGCGCACUGUCCUUGACUUGGCUCGGUUCCAUUCCUCUUUUGAAGGAUCUGUUGAUGUGAUGUCUUCCAAGGAGCAUUGCAAAGACUCACCAGAGCAUUGCGUUUCAUCACAGCCUAGCAAUGCCAACAUAUCCCCUCCCAGUGUCUGGUUUGUUGAACUAAAGACCACGCACACACACACACGCGCACACACACACACACACACACACACACACACACACACAUUGUACAAAGAUUGUGCUGUCCAUUUAACUUGUGCAUCCAGAUCGUCCUGGUGACUUACCAAGCUUUCAGAAGCAAAGAUCUUAAAGACUGUAGAGCAACACCAACCUUUUUUUUGGGGGGGGGGCUUUUUAAUUGUCAUUUUUUUCUAUAUAUUUUUCUUUUUGAUAUACAGGGGUGUAAAGAUAAAACUCCUGCUGUAAUGCUUGGUGUGUGUGUCUCUGCUUGUGCAGGCUUUUAUACAUCUGAGUCGCUGUAAUGAGGUAACUGCUGGACUUUCACUCGCUGGCUGAUAAUUUGAUUUGGGAUUCAAGCUGAAAGCACAAUAAAUUAAUGCAAAUUUCUACAAAAAUGUACAAAACAAAUAUCACGUGUGCAGUGCUGCCGCAGAAUAGUGAAAAAAACAAAACACAAUGCCACUGACUUGACUGUUAAAAUGCUGUCAUGCUUACUGUCACCAGGUGGCAGUGUUGUCAAACAAGACUGAAAGGGCUCCCUGUGUCUGUAGUGGGGAGGGUGUGUGGAAGAGCAUUGGGAUCAAAAUAAACUAAUGCAAUAUUGGGGCUGGCAAGGCAACACAGUUUGUUGGGUAAAACCUGACAUUUUGAAGGUAAAAUAUUAAAAUCCAUUGACUGUUCCAGAUGCAGGUGCAGGGCGAGAUGAAAGUGAUUAUCCCUGAAUUUAUUUACUUCAUUUCAGGUUAAACCGUUUUUUUUUUGGAUACAUGGUUACAUUAUAAAGAAUUCUCUGUGAACAUUCCUGGAGUUCUGUUUUCAUUUCACUCAUCAGAACCAUGAACACCCCUCUCCCCUUGCCGUGCCAGUGUCCCUCCUUCCUUGUGGAAUAACGAAACUUCCGAAUUGGUAUUCCUGCAUUUUAAUCUUGAUCCAGCUUGAGUGUUACGGGUUCUGCGCUCGUUGCUGUGAGAGGAAGGGGAAGAACUGAAGAUGGGUGAUGUCUUCAAGAACGG